AUGUCUUUGGAAGCUAUUCUUGAGUCAGCUAACCUUUUGUUGCAAACAACAUUGAGUUCCAAUAUCGGCUUCGAAGAAAUAUUAUGUAAAGAAAAAUUUAUUUUUACUUAUAAAGAGGAGGAAAUAUUAAAAUUAGCAACGCGUUUGGAAAAAUUAAAAAAGCAAAGACGCGACUUACAAUAUACUUUACAGAGAAAAAGUUAUUUAGAAAAUUUUACUUCGGGACCAGACGAAGCAAGUGAAAAAACUUCUUUGGAAGUACGAAUUAAGGAGAAAAAAAAAACUUUGGCUAAUUUAAAUACGAAAAAUCAGGUUAAGAACAAAGCGGUGGAAAAUAACGAAACAGGACGAGUCAUAUUAGCUUCUCUAUUCUCUGAAGGAAAUAAAACAUCAUCACAUGAAAGUUGUCUCAAUGAAAUGAUAAAUAAGCGUGACCUUCUCGUAUCUGAGUUCCUGAAAUCACAUCAAGAACUUCUUAAAGUACAAAAUGAUUUGACAAAUCUCAAGAAAGCUGUCAUUGCUCGACAUAGAGAAAAUAGAACAGUGAUGACGAAAAUCAACGAAUUGAUUUCCAAUCCAAUUGAAAAAUAUUACGAGAAUUCAGGAAAUAAUCGAGCUAAAACGUUGCAAUUAAAAAGUUUAACGAAUGAUUUGGCGAAUGCAAGAUCAAAACGAGAAAUUGCACGAAAUAUUUUACAAGGAUUAAUCCUUGAAAGUGGAGUGGAUUGGGUGAAUGACGAACAUUUAUUGAAAUCCAGCAUAAGAAACUCAUUUUCAAUACGAACUUUCAAAAAAGGGUUAAGUUCAAACGCAAACGCUGUAGUAAAGGAAAUACCAAAGAGAUUUAAUGAAGCCGGAGUAGAAAUGUUACCGGAAUGGCUUUAUGAAAAGGUUUUCCCAGAUAUUUCUUCCAAUAUUCCUGUACAUAAUGGAUCAGUUGAAAUUGCGUUAAAACAUUUGGAAGAUCAAGGUUUAAAAGGAAAAGAAGCUGAAAAUUUCCUCAAUGUUCCUGAAUUCGAUAUACCAACGUUAUGCGGCAAUUCAAUAGCGGAACAUUUUUGGAAUAUUGGAGAACAAAAAUCAAAAAAAUAUAGAGAACUAGCAAUGGAAUUCGUUGACUCAAAUCUCUUAAAUAUGCCAUCAGAUAAAGAUUUGUUAAUUAAACCUGGGUGGACUCGCUUUGAAAGUAAUAAAGAGCCUGAAUCAGUAGAAUUUCCACGUGAAAAGGUAUUAUGUUUCGAUGUCGAGACGUUAUUAAGUAGCAGCAAUUAUGGUAUUAUUGCAUGUGCUGCAUCUUCAUGUGCUUGGUAUACCUGGAUAUCGCCACGUUUAAUUGAAUUUAAAGAAAAAAAAUUAGGAGAACGAUUCAAAAAAAAUGAUAUUGAAAUAAAUGACAUUUCAGAUCAGAAUAAUCAAAAUUCGGCAAAUGAUGAAAGUAUUAUUGAGAAAGACAAUAAAAAAAAACCUACUGCUAGAAAAAAGAAAGGGGAUAAGGGUCUUAAGAGCUCAAAACAGGAGAAUGGAGUAGAUAACUUUAAAGUUCAAGAAAUUGGUAGUUUAAUACCCAUGGGAAAAGACAAGAUAAUAAUUGGUCAUAAUGUUUCAUUUGAUCGUGCAAGGAUCAAAGAAGAAUACCAUUAUAAAUCAUCUGGUAAUAAAUUUAUAGAUACAAUGGCAUUGCAUAUUGCUGUUAGUGGAUUAUGCAGACAACAGCGUCCCACUUGGGCUAAAUAUAAAAAAGCCGAAGAGAAUGGUGACGUUUAUUCUGUUAAUAAUGAAAAAGAUUUUCAGUCAAUAUAUGAAGUUAGUUCAAUGAACAACCUUCAUGAUGUUUACAAUCUACAUUGUAAAAAGAAAAUAGAUAAGUCGAUUAGUAAAAAAUUGUUUAUUGAUGGAACCUUAGAAGAAAUCGUUAUCGAAGAAAAUUUGCGACGAUCAUUGAUCUAUUGUGCCAAUGAUGUUUUGGCAACAUUCGAAGUUUUCACAAAAGUAUUACCGCGAUUUUUAAAGUUAUGUCCACAUCCCGUAUCAUUUGCAGGGAUGCUUGAAAUGGGAAAUAUGUUUCUGACUACUUCCAAGGAUUGGGAUGAUUAUGUACAAAAUGCAGAAAAAGUCUACCAACAUCAACGUGAUGCUGUUGAAACCAGUUUACAACAAUUAGCUUAUGAUGCGGUUGAAUUAGGUAAAAAGGAUCCUGACUUGAUAAAAAAAGAUCCAUGGUUAAGUCAAUUAGACUGGUCAUUUCCUUCAUCACGCGCGAAAAAACUUCCGGGAUAUCCAAAUUGGUAUCGUAACAUUUAUUGCAAUAAGACAAGUAAAGUUAAAAUCACUCCUAAAUCACGUAUAGCGCCUUUAUUAUUGAGAUUAAAAUGGCAGGAUUUUCCCCUAUAUUAUUCAAGAAAAUAUGGGUGGAUGUAUCGGGUACCAAGGGAUGUUGAACAUCAAACAACUGCAGAAGAAUGUAAUUUUUCACAAGAUGAUUUAUCGGAUAACGAAGUAGAAGCGAAUGAGGAAAAGAAAGGCCCCUCAAAGAAAAAAUCAAAUACGAAAUCAGAGGAUGACAUAAAGGAGAUAGAUGAGCUAUUUGUUAAUGAUAUCAAUGGGAGAUAUUAUCGUAUUCCACAUAAAGAUGGCUUAGAAGCGAAAUGUUUAUUACCUCUUGCAAAACAUUAUAUGGUUUUAUUUGAGAAAGGUGUUUUAUCUUCUGAACAUGAAGUGGCGAAAGAUGCUCUUACUAUGAAUGCUAAUUGUUCUUAUUGGAUAAGUGCCCGAGAAAGGAUACGGAAACAAAUGGUCAUAUAUGAGGAUCAUCCAAAUAUUAUGGAUAAUAUGGGAUUCGAAUCUGAUAAAGAAAAGAAAAUUGGAAUGAUCUUACCACAAACAGUAACGAUGGGAACCAUUACUCGUCGUGCCGUUGAAAAUACAUGGAUGACAGCUAGUAACGCAAAAAAGGAUAGGAUAGGGUCAGAGCUUAAAGCUAUAAUCCAAGCCCCCAAAGGAUAUAAGAUUAUUGGAGCUGAUGUGGAUUCUGAGGAGUUAUGGAUAGCAAGUUUAAUAGGAGAUUCACAAUUUGGAUUUCAUGGUUCAACUGCAAUGGGUUGGAUGACAUUGCAAGGAGAUAAAGCUGCCGGUACAGAUCAACAUUCCAGAACCGCGAAUAUUUUAAAGAUUUCAAGAUCCGAUGCAAAAGUAUUUAAUUAUGGCCGAAUUUAUGGAGCCGGUUUGAAAUUUGCGGUUCAAUUAUUAAAACAAUUCAACGAGACUAUGGGAGAUUCUCAAGCAAAAGAGCGUGCAACUGAUUUAUAUAAUCACACGAAAGGUAAAAAAUUUUAUGGCAAAGGUAAGAUCAAAGCUCCCUAUGAGAAUUUUUGGUACGGAGGAAGUGAAAGUUAUAUGUUUAACAGGCUAGAAGAGAUUGCAACAGAUAACAAUCCUCAAACACCAGCGUUAAAAUGUGGUAUAACUGAAGCGUUAAAAGGUUGUAUUGUUAAUAAGAAUUAUAUGACAUCUCGAGUAAAUUGGGUGGUUCAAUCUUCUGGAGUCGAUUAUCUUCAUUUACUUUUGGUAUCUAUGCAGUAUCUGAUGGAAAAGUAUAAAAUCGAAGGAAGAUUUAUGUUAUCGGUUCAUGACGAAGUUAGGUUUCUCGUUAAAGAAACCGACAGUUAUCGAGCAGCGUUAGCUCUUCAAAUAAGCAAUUUUUGGACACGCGCUAUGUUUAGUUACAUGUUGGGAAUAAAUGAUUUACCUAUGUCAGUCGCAUUCUUUUCGGCGGUUGACAUUGAUCAUGUCCUGCGUAAGGAAGCUGAAUCGAGUUGUAGAACAAUUUCUUAUGAUACCGAAAUCGAGGAUGGAAAAAGUCUAACAAUACAUGAACUUCUUAAGCACAAAAGUUCACUGCUACCACCCGAUGAAAACAAUCAGAAUAACGGCAACGAUUAUAGUGAACUUGAUAAUGACCAAGACAAUUAUAAUAAAAAUGCGUCUUAUUUACUGACGCCGUGUAAAACUGCUAAAGAUAAAGAAUAUUUAACAAUUCAAGGACUAUCAAAUGAAAAGGAUGUCGAGAAGUUAAUAUUGAAGAUCCACCCUAGUUUCAGUAGAUUAAAGCUCAAAAAUGGACAAGGGGUAAAUAUUGUAAAUUCCAUUUUAUGA